AUGGAACAGAGCUACGACUAUGUGAUCUGCGGCGGUGGGCUCGUCGGCUGCGUCCUGGCUUCACGCCUGUCGCACGCCGGACACAGCGUCGUGCUCCUCGAAGCCGGUCCUGAGGACUAUAGCGAGCAGGUCAUGAGCCCCGUUGCGGCACCUCGGUUGCUCGGAUCUCCCUUGCAGUAUAACCUGCAUACUACCAACCAGCCGAGAUUUGCAAACCGCGCCGUUCAUAACCAUGUCGGCAAGCUGCUCUCUGGGUCAAGCGCAGUCAAUUAUGGGCUCUGGACUCGCGGCCAUUCCGUCGACUACGAUGCAUGGGCAUCAGCAGUUGGGAAUGAGCGAUGGAGCUACAAGAAUAUGCUGCCGUACUUCAAAAAAUCGGAAACCCACUAUGACCCAGAAGCUGGUUCGGACUUGCAUGGCUUUUCUGGGCCAAUUGCAACAACGGCUGGUGCUCGCAUAUACCCGCUGCGAGAGACUUUCAAAGCCGCAUUUUUGUCCACAGGUCUUCAGUAUAACGCCGACACGAACAGUGGCAAUCCAUUUGGAUUCGGCAAAUUUACUGAAAAUUGGAAAAACGGCCAGCGGCAGCCAGCAGGAAAGGCUUAUGACUUAACUCGCGCUACCGUUAUCACCCAGAGCACUGUUGCAUCCGUCAUCUUCGAGGGGGGUGAUCAUAUUGCGUCUGGGGUCACCUUAACCAACGGAGCUCGAUACAAGGCCAAAAAGGAAGUGAUAGUUACUUGCGGUGCACUGAAGACACCACAGCUGCUUAUGCUAUCGGGAAUCGGCCCGGAAAAGCACUUGUCUCAACACGGCAUUAAAACUAUUGCCAAUCUACCUGUCGGGGAGAAUUUCCACGACCAUAUCUCCGCGGCUCUUUUUUGGAAAGUGAAGCAUCCGGAGCAAGGCGUCACUGUGGGCUCACCCCUAUUCAACAAGCCCGAGUUCCUUCACGGCAAUCCCAUGGAAUGGAUUGCAACUAUAUCGACACCGCGAGAAGAGCUGGUCAAGGCAGCCAGUAUAGAUAAUAUAGAUCACGAAGAUCCAUAUCUGAAGGAACCACGUGGUAACGCCGAAGUUUUUGUAGCUUACGCACCUAUCGCAGGUGAUAGCUCUCGCCCACCGGAUGGCACUCUUAUCUCAACCCCUGUCGUACUACUUUUGCCUACAAGUCGUGGAAGUCUAUUGUUGGCCGAUACCAACCCACUAUCAGACCCAGUUCUAGACGGAAACUAUCUUGCAACGGAAACUGAUCGUGCAGCGAUGCGUGCUGGAAUACGACUUGCAUUGCGUCUAAUGGAGACGGGCCCUGCUCGUGAGGCAAUCGACGCAGAGUAUCUUCCAGAGGGUUGUCUACCGCUGAGCAGCGCUUCCAGUGACGCUGAGAUCGAUCAACGUAUCAGUGUAGUCGCAAAUAGUUUCUACCAGAACGCAGGAACUGCGGCCAUGGGCACAGUUGUUGAUAGCGAGUGUCGUGUCAAGGGUGUCAAAAAUCUCCGAGUGUGCGAUGCGAGUGUGGUGCCGCUUCCCAUUGCUGGGCACUACCAGUCUCCAAUGUAUGCAUUUGCCGAAUCGGUUGCUGAUUUACUUUUAUAUUAG